CCAGCAAGAUGGAGCUGACGUACAGCUCCAUCUGUCAAUCCCACAUCCUGCUCAGGCGCUAGAGGGGGAGGCAACCGCUUUGCAGAUUCCUCAUAUUGGCAGCACACUUUGUCCAGGGGUUAGCGUGGAGGAGGAAGCCAAGGCCAUGUGGGGCUUCGCCGUUUCCAUUUUCUGCCUCGUCACCGUAUCAGCAGCUGCCCAGGACUCAGGGAAUUAUGCAAACUGUUACCACAUCACCACAGGAACCAUAACUGGAAUUGUUGUUGGAGAUAUUGUCCUCACUGUGCUCCUCCUGAUUCCCGUCUAUUACUGCAUCCGUCCGAAAGACAGCAGAACAAGUGAAAGAACAGAUUAUGUAAACAUGAUCGGAAAAUCUAUAUGACGUCACUUCCCAUUUGGAUCCGAUCUUCAAGAUCUAUAUGAACACGACUGGAAUGACCACUGUGUACAAAACAGACAAUAGCGUGUAUUUAUGUGUUUGCAGGUUGAGAUAUUAGGGGGGAAUCCUCCUUGUGGGGGCAACAAAUCCCCCAUAGCCAAAGAUUUUGGUCUUUUAUAUAUUGGAAGUGAAUGCUGAUGUUUUCCUGUUUUGCAGAGAUGGAAACUGGUCCCAUAGAUCCUUCAUUUCUAUACCUUACUUGCCUAUAUCAGUUCCCAGUGUGUAACAGCUACCUAGCAGCUGGCCUGCAAAUCCCAUCAUCCUUGCUCAUGCUGACAGGGGAUAGUGAGAACAGUAGUCCAGAGACAGCUUUGGGGUGGAGGGAGUCUGUUCUUAAAAGAAAUUCCUGGAGCAUGAUUUGAUAGCUGCAGCCUGUGGGCUAAAAAUGUGCACUUUAAAAAGCACAGAAAAUUGCCACUUUGUUAAUUGGAAAACUAUGCUUCCGUACAUUUGCAAACAUGUAUAUAAAAUGCAUGGAAUUUUUUAAAAGAAAUUUGCAUGGAAA